AUUUAGUGUUCCCCAUUCCCUUCACUCCAUUCGCAUUGAAAGCAGGAAACUCCAACACGACGUCGUUGCGACCAAGGCCGCGCCUUUUAAAUCCCCCACCACCUCCCGCACUAGCGGAACUGACCAGAACAACAACAACAGCCUCAACCUUUCCGAAACGACAAGGAACACCAACAACAACAACAUGGGAAGCGAGGGUUGUGCCGCGGCUUCUGAUUCGAGGAAACCCAGGUUUCUUUGCCUUCAUGGGUUUCGAACCAGCGGUGUGAUCAUGAAGACCCAACUGGGUAAAUGGCCGGAGUCGGUGCUCAACAAUUUCGACCUGGACUUUCUCGAUGGGCCUUUCCCGGCCCAAGGUAAAUCCGAAGUCGAGGGCAUUUUCGAUCCUCCUUAUCACGAGUGGUUCCAAUUCAGCAAGGAUUUUCUUGAGUACACGAACUUUGACGAGUGUCUUGAAUUCAUUGAAGAUUACAUGAUCAAGAAUGGACCCUUUGAUGGGCUACUUGGCUUUUCCCAGGGGGCAAUACUGUCAGCGGCACUGCCGGGUCUACAAGCAAAGGGUUUGGCACUGACCAAAGUACCUAAAAUUAAGUUCCUCAUAAUAAUUGGAGGCGCAAAAUUCAAGUCAGCAACCGUGGCUGAAAAUGCUUAUUCAUCUCCUAUUCAAAUUCCGUCUCUUCACUUUUUAGGAGAAACAGACUUCUUGAAGCCAUAUGGACUCGAACUGCUAGAAAACUGUGUAGAUCCUACCGUGAUUCAUCAUCCCAAGGGCCACACAAUACCACGACUCGAUGAAAAGGGUUUAGAGACCAUUAUGAGCUUCAUUGAGACAAUUCAGAAGAAGUUGGACGAGAAGGAGGAGCAACAGUAACGAUGAAACUUAAGAAAAUACACAAAUAACUUGCACAACAUUCUGGCCAUAUGCCCCUAUUUUGGGUUUGUUGAGGUGUAUCCGAUCUGUAUUGUGUUGGCGCUAUUUUAAGCCAUAUUCUUUGCAUGUUGUUGUUCAGUCGAACUUAAUAAGAAAAAUCUGCAUGUGCCCAGAAAGUUUUCCAUAGUAAAAGAAAGAAAAAGAACAUAAAUAUGUCAUGUAUAUUGGUUU